GCGCGACUUUAGCGGAAUAAACUUAUGAAGAAUUCUCAAUUUUAACAACCAAAAAGUAGUUUAAUGUGUGAUCUGGAGCGCAUAAAUCAUUUCGCUAUUAAAAUGGCCACAAAAGACGCAACGGAGACACAGGUGGCUGAACCACUAACCAUCUUACCAGUCUCCUCUGACGCACAGCUGUUGGAUAUUUGUCAAAUAGCAACAAGAUGUCGAGAGCUGUUGCUGUCUCUAGCAAAGCCAAACGAAAAUUCUGGAAAUCCAGAUAGCGAGGCUAGCAAGCAGCUCACUAGCUUUAAUAUUUGGGCUGCAAAUGUUGGCGUGUUCAGAGCGGCAUCUCAGUCUCUCGCAGCGCGCUUGAAGAGCAUUCCAGAUAUAAGCACGAGUAUGCAGAAAAUAUUAACUAAUCUGGAAGUGAAACUAGAACUGAAGCUCGCCGAGAGUGCGGAGAACGAAAACACAUCUGGUGAAGAGACCGACGCAAGUUCUGAUCGUUCCUCCAUUUCGUUCGACAGCACGUCUCAACUAUAUAAAGACGGACUUGGUCUUUAUAUCAGUUGUAGUAAAACGUGGAUGGCAAUAAAUAGCGCGAUCACAACUCUUCGACAGCUUGGCGUUCGACUCCAUCACGCAGGAGCUCGCCACAGACGCGAAAGAAUCGACAGAUUUAUCAGUAUUAAUGGAAACAAGGACGUCUAUAAGCUAUUCGACCACUUGGCCUUUCAAAUGGUUGCAAAUCUGUUUCCGAAAGCCAGCGAUACCCUGAAAGAGCGAGCCGCAACAUCAAUCGCCCGUCGUCGAUUAAAGCUCCUUUAUCUGGAGACACAUCAAAUGAAGUUACGAGAAAUAAAGACCGUCUCACCAACACCGGACGUCCCUAUUCCAAAACAAAAUAUUAUUAAAGAACCACAUCCAAUACGCAAAGCACCAGGUUUACAAAAGAAUUACUCUACUAGUAUCAGCAGAGUUACAUCGCCAUCUAUGUAUCCAAAAACUCAAUUGUCAGCAACAGUUGAUACUAAAUGGCAGGGAGUGGAGAAGGCUGUAUCAGUAUCAUCUAUCCGAAGCGUUGUAGGACAACUCCCAACUCUUCCAACUAUUGAUAACACAAGCAUGUCAUUCACCUGUCCUUAUUGUUUGCUUGUUUGCCCUUCGACUGAAGCAAGCUCCGCCAACGCUUGGCAGCAACAUCUAAUUCGCGAUUUAGAGCCAUUCUUCUGUGUAUUUGAUGAAUGUGAUAUGCCUUUUGCUUGUGGUCAGUCCCAGACAGCAUGGGCUCAUCAUAUGAAACAAAACCAUGCGCUGCCUAUGUGGAAUUGCCCGUACUGCCCACCGCUGGGGGCCAAUAGCAGACUUUCUUCUUCCAUGGAGCUUAAUAAUCACUUAGAAAAUUCUCAUGCGGAUCGGAUUUCGCAGGGACUCCGAGAUGUAGCUGUUGAGCAUAGCAAGGUCCAAACUAAUGAGAUACUUGGCAAAUGCCCAUUUUGCAAUGGGUAUCCUGACGACAUCGAUAAAGAAUUUCCAAAUCAUUCAUCACGGGAUGCCAUUAAAUCCCUUGAAAAUCAUAUUCGACACCAUCUUGAUGACAUUGCCCUACUGUUAUUACCUAUAGAUAUGGGCGACGAUGUGCAACAGGACGGCGACUCAGACGUUGAAGCAGAGAGAGGCAACAGAAGCGAACAGAACGUGGAAGAUUUGGAACUUUUAAUAGAGCGGUUUACUGCAUCCGCUCUACGGUGCUCCCGGGUGGACUGUGAUUGCCAUAUUGAUCCUUCUAUCCUAAGUGGUAGCUGGGCGAACUGGGAAGAUUUUUGCAUUGGUAACAGGACUCUCUUCAACGAGCAAGGACCUGUUAUAGGCUGCUUCGACCCAGUAUAUCGAGAGUCCGCAGCCAUUGGCGAAUGGGAAUUUUCAUAUCCCCGUUCUCUCGCGCGCAAGCUGAUCCGGAGUAAUGCGGAAUUUCCAAGUGUGGAGCACGAUACGAAACUGCGCGAGCUAUUUAACGUUGGGUCUUUUACCAAAGAUCAUACAUCUAGCCUUUAUGGUCCCGAAACAAGAAUGUACAGAAUGAUGGAAUCUUUACGUCAACUCAUGUCCACCAGGGGCCCAUCAAGCGACUGGUACAAAUCUACGAUCCCUAAUCCCGCACCCAAUAGCUGCAAUUGGGUGGAUAGCUGUGAUCAGAUAAUACGGUGGAAGCGUGGAGAGGUCAAUCACUUAACCAUCAUUGGCUCACAUGGCUGUGGGAAAUCUGUUCUUAGCAAGCACAUCGCUGACUCGACUACAAACCCUCUAUGCUACGUCUUUCUUCCAGACGAUCAAAUGAUAAAAGGGAGCCAUAUAAUGGCUAUUGUAUUAUAUCAACUUUUCAGUCAGUUCCCAGACCUUCUGGAAACGCUUUCAUCACGAAAUGAGAUUGUUGAUGACUCAGGAAGGAUAACUACAACACGCGUAUACAAUCUCUUGGAGCAGUGUGGAUCACUUUCUCAGUUUCCUAUUUCUUCCAUCCCUAUGGUUCUCAUCAUACUAGAUGGAAUAUCAGCGAGCAACUGUGACAAGACAUCCAAGAUGUAUAUACACCGCUUGAUGAACUUAAGAGACAGUCGAUUUCGAUUCUUAACGACGACUCAAGACCCAGACGACAUGGCUUUAAAAAUAUCUAAUGUAACAGAGAACCUCUACUUAGCUGAAAAUACAUCUUUUACAGAAACACGUUCAAGGACCUUUGAAGCUCAGCUAGAUGUUCUGUUCAAGCAAAAAGCUUGGCCAGCAACGGUACGCGCCGAGAUUAUUCGCAUAACUUCCACCAACGCGCGAGACUAUUUAUACGAUAGUCUUUCUCUGGAAGUCCUGAAGUCGAGUGCCUUUGAGCGCAUUGUGGUCAACAGAGCAACUUCGAAAAUUACCUUCCCGAAUGAAGCCAAAGAUGCAUUCAACAAAUUGGCACGUGAAUCAAUGUGUGAUGAGGGGAUACGAUUUAUUUUAUCAUGCUUGAUCAUUGCUCGCCGACCUAUGUCAAAAGCUGAAAUCCAGAAUAUCCUCGCCAUUUCAGGAUAUAUACCAGCCCUAGUUCAAACACUACGUCAUAAGGGUAUAAAUUCCGAAAAGUCUGCCGAAGAUCAUAAAAUUCUAGAUCACUUCUUCACAUGGCUUCUGAUAGACUAUGAUGGUUGGAUUUCAUUUCGCCAUACUACUCUUAUCUCAUUUACAAUUGAAUUUUUGGAUAUUGCUAGCGGUGCUGUCCGAGAAGUUGACGCUGCUCUGGGCUGUGCACAAUACCUUGAUCUGUUCAAUAGGAUGAGCAGAGACGAGAUUCAAAAAUUGGAUUUGUUACACUUGUUACCAUUCGCCGCCACUCUUUGGGAAGAGAUAUUCUCACAUUAUCCAAAUUUUAUGCCACAAGAAGAGUUACGCGAACCUAUGAUUGCUAUCUUUGACGUUGAAUCUGCAGCAUUCCGCACAUGGUUCCCUAUACAUCGCGAGAUGUACCGGAUUGGUAAUCCGCCAGCGGAACCAUAUAACUCGCUAUUGAUAGCUGCAUACUUUAGAGCUUCAUGUCUUGUUAAAGCUUAUCUUACCGAUCAAGUUGCCAUUGAUAGCACUGAUGGAACUGGUCGAACAGCGCUCUCUUGGGCUGCGAGUGAUGCUUCUGUAUCGAUGGUUCGCUUAUUGUUAUCCAAAAAUGCGAAUAUCAACACAAAAAGCAUACAUGGAUUAACACCACUCAUGUAUGCAAUUGAUAGGCGCCGCAUCGAAAUUGUGAAGGAGUUACUUGACUACGACGCAUACAUAGAAGCUACAGAAAAUACCGGAAAGACACCCCUAAUGUACGCAGCGCUUGUCGAUGACAUUGACAUUAUAAGAUUACUGAUGGAUCGUGGGGCAAAUAUCAAUGCAAUGGAUGAUUAUCGGCGAACACCUCUGAUUUACUCUACCAUGGUCGGCCAUGCUAAUAGAGUUCUAAUCGCCAAGCUUCUAUUGGACCAUGGAGCCAAUGAUUACAUGGAAGAUACGAAUGGUAAUACAGCACUUUCUAUUGCCAUAGAAUUGGACGAUGCUAAAAUGGUAUCUUUAUUGGUUCAUACAAUCGAAGAUUCAACACAAAUCAAUCAUAGACAACGCGCCCUCUGGCUAGCUGCGAGGCUAAACCUGAUUGACCUUGUCGCCAUACAACUGGACGCUGGCUCUGUGGCUGACUUCUUGAAUAUACAUGAGCGCGAGAGCUUCAACCUGAACCGUCUUCAUGGAACAGAACCUGUAGCUAUCUUGCUGCUACAGCGCUAUGUGAAGAAGUAUAUACAAGAGGACGCAUCUCGUACUUGCUUAUCCUGGGAUUCACGGGUUCCUUAUAAUUCUAUAACAAAGGCAGCGGAAUACUCGCGAUUAUAUGCUGCAGCCGUUGAAUUGAAAGACUUUACAUCGCUGCUUGAAAGAAUAGAAAAGGCCGAAUCUGUGCAUUUGCUGGAGCGAUCAACACUUUUAGCCGAGGAUGUUUCUAAAAUAUUAAGCGGCCCAUUACCAGCUGGAGUGGAACACUCGAGUUAUGCUUUGCAAUAUCUUUCUGCAAGGAUAUUAUGCUUAACACAAAGAUCAACAAUGUACAAUGAUCGACUGACAUGGCUAGAGGGGGUGGCUCUAGAUACAGAAGAAAUGGUAUCAGAUGUUGGCGCUGCGUUCCUAUUAGCAACCCAGGAAUUGCUACUGGAGGAGUACAUUGCCAAAGGUCACUAUACGUCAGCCAUUGAUUUAGUUGUUUCAAUGCUCGAGUGCAACUAUCUCACCCGUGACCCAACUAGCCACGAGCACUGUACUUUGCUAGUCAUUCUAGCAGAGCUUUAUCGAUACAAUUCUGACAACGAGAAGGCAAUCGAGACGCUUGGACGCGUGCUUGGUAAUAUUGCCCAUGAGGUGACAGAUCCAGAAAAGAUAGAAGCGCUUCGACUUCUUGCAAAAGAUGAAAGGCCUGCUACUAUGAAGCAUGUCGUAGAAACACUAGAUGCGGAUCGACUUGCUAUUUUACAUAUACUACUGGGUAUAUAUUGUAACAUGGAAAUAUAUCCUGCAGCCUGGGGUGUUAUGAAAGAAAUGGUUGACAUCGCCAAUCAACGCUCACAGAUCCAUCUACGAAUAACAGCGGAAUUCAGCGGACCUCUUCCUUGA